CGCAAGUAGCACGUCAAAAAUGUCGAAAAGUGUGUCAAAGCAAUUUUAUUUCACAAUUUACGAAUUUUAAAGCGCCAGUCCGCUCGCGAAUUUAACUCCUCGCGUCCGUGAACCGAACGCCUUUGCAGAAAACUAUUUUUUAAAGGAAGAAGAAAAAAUUGAUUUCCAUUUGUAACGCACUGCCGACACCAUGAAAGUGUGGGGAGCGCACGGGGAAUUCUGUGCCAAGCACCAGUGGGAGGUAAUCGUAGCCACGCUAGCCCUACUAGCAUGUGCGGCCAGCGUAGAGAGGCAUGGCACAGGCGGCCGAUCAGAAAGAUGCGCUGGUUGGGCCAGGGCCUGCCCAGGGUUAGAAGCCGAGUACCAAGCGGCCGACGCUGUAGUGAUGACCUUCGUCCGUUGCACAGCUCUACUCUACGCGUACUACCAAGUCUCGAAUCUCCAAAAAAUCGCCUCCAAAUACCUUCUGAUCCUCGCCGGUAUAUUCUCCACAUUUGCCAGCUUUAUAUUUACAUCGGCAUUGGCUAGUUUGUUCUGGAAUGAAUUAGCUAGUAUAAAAGAUGCUCCUUUCCUGUUUUUACUAGUAGCUGACGUAGCUAGAGGUGCUCGAAUGGCUAAAGCUGGAUGGAGUGCAGGAGAAGAUCAAGGCAAGAGAGUAGGGAAAGCUUUAUCUUUGUUGGGACCGACUGCGACGCUAGAUACACUUCUAGCGGUUUUACUAGUCGGUGUUGGUGGACUUUCUGGUGUUCCAAGGUUGGAACAUAUGUGUACAUUCGCCUGUUUAGCAUUAUUGGUUGACUACUUAGUUUUCGUAACUUUCUAUCCUGCCUGCUUAUCAUUGGUAGCAGAUUUUGCUUCCGGUAGAAAGGAAAUGGCUCCAGACAGUCCGUUUUCAGAAGAAGACUUAAAGCCAAAUCCAGUGGUGCAAAGAGUUAAGAUGAUCAUGGCCGCUGGAUUACUAUGCGUGCAUUUGACAAGCCGGUGGCCUUGGACAAGAGAAAAUGGUAUGAUUGAAGGAUCUCUAUCAGAUGGCUUCAAAUCUGCAAAUCAUGAAAAUGUUCUGUUUCACUCGUACGUUAAAUGGUUUUCAGUAAGCGCUGAUUAUAUUGUUAUAGCAACAUUGCUAUGUGCUUUGAUCAUUAAAUUCAUCUUCUUUGAAGAACAAAGGAAUUGGGUUAUCGACAUGAACGAUUUAACAGUUAAAGAGGUUGUCCAACAUAGCGGUAGUAAUAAGAAAAUAUUUUCAAUUGGCGAAGAAGAUUUAAAAAUUGCGACAUCUACACAAACAGAUUCUUCGCUAAAUUUAGAUGAAACUGAGUGGCCUUCGCUUUCCCCAAGCUCAUCUUUUGCUAGAUUAAACGCUAAGAAACGUCCGAUGGCAGAAUGUUUAGAGAUAUACCGUUCAGAGGGAAUCUGUACAUCGUUAAGUGACGAAGAAGUUGUAAUGCUUGUCGAACAAUCUCAUAUACCAAUGCAUAAUCUCGAAACUGUAUUAAACGAUCCCUUAAGAGGUGUCAGACUGCGCAGAAAAAUCAUAUCCUUAAGAUUUGGAACCGAAUGUGCUGUAAAGAAACUUCCAUAUUUAAAUUAUGACUACAGUAAGGUUCAAAACGCUUGCUGUGAAAAUGUUAUAGGAUAUGUCGGUAUACCAGUUGGUUAUGCUGGACCUUUAGUUGUCGACGGCAAAGCAUAUAUGAUUCCUAUGGCUACAACUGAAGGUGCUUUAGUCGCAUCCACGAAUAGAGGAGCAAAAGCCAUUGGCACUCGAGGUGUUACUAGUGUUGUAGAAGAUAUAGGUAUGACCAGAGCUCCUGCAGUCAAAUUACCUAAUGUUGUGAGAGCACAUGAAUGCCGUCAAUGGUUAGACAAUAAGGAUAACUAUGCAUUAAUAAAAGAAGCUUUUGACUCCACAUCAAGAUUCGCACGUCUCCAAGAAGUCCAUAUAGGUGUCGACGGAGCAACUCUAUAUUUGAGAUUCAGGGCGACAACUGGUGAUGCCAUGGGAAUGAACAUGGUUUCCAAAGGUGCUGAAAAUGCUUUGAAGCUCCUCAAAACCUAUUUCCCCGAUAUGGAGGUAAUCAGUCUUUCUGGAAACUAUUGCUCUGAUAAAAAAGCCGCUUCUAUCAACUGGGUUAAAGGCAGAGGUAAACGGGUUGUAUGCGAAACAACAAUCUCAGCUGAAAAUUUGAAGAAAAUUUUCAAAACCGAUGCGAAAACUUUGACUAGGUGUAACAAGAUUAAAAAUCUCUCAGGAUCUGCUCUCGCUGGAUCUAUAGGUGGGAAUAACGCUCACGCAGCGAAUAUGGUUACAGCUAUAUUUAUAGCAACAGGUCAAGAUCCAGCUCAAAAUGUGACUAGCAGUAGUUGCUCAACUAGUAUGGAGAUCAGUGGCGAAAAUAGAGAUGAUCUAUACGUCACUUGUACGAUGCCGUGUUUAGAAGUAGGAACAGUUGGUGGCGGCACAGUGUUAGCUGGACAAGGGGCGUGUUUGGAAAUUCUCGGAGUUAAAGGGGCUGCGGUUCGCCCUGCGGAAAACUCAGCAAGACUAGCAUCUCUAAUAUGUGCAACAGUUUUAGCUGGAGAACUAAGUCUGAUGGCUGCAUUAGUUAACUCUGAUUUAGUUAAAUCUCACAUGCGCCACAAUAGAUCUGCAAUUAACGUUCAGGGUACUAACGUGUCAGGUGUCACAAAUGGUAUGACACUCCAAGUACCUAACUUAUAACAAAUGAUACUGGAAAUAGCUUUAAAAGAUUUUAAAUGAGCAGAUGAGAAGAAUAUGACUUAAAAUAUUAACUUAAUUAUUAUAAUUAUCAUGUAUGUUUUCAAAAGGAGGAAACUAUAACUAUAAUGGUAAAAAACACAUAUCAUCGUUGAUGGACGUACAACAGCCAUGAAUAUUUUGGCUUACAAACUUGUCCGCCAUUUUCUGUUUCAAAAUAGCGGCUACGCUAUAAAACGUUUCAUCUCAUAGAGAAUUUAUUUUUAUUGAUGCCAGUUAUGGAUUAUUAUGGGGAUUAUGCGGGGCCGCUAUUUUGGGAAGAAUGGUAGGCAAGCUAUGGUCCAUACGAAAAUAUUUAAAACCCCUUUAAACAGUAUUGUUUCAAACUGUUCUAGAUCGGAAUCUGGUAUGGACUAUCAAAGACGAUAUUACAACCAAUACCGUAUAUAUUCCUCAAACGUUGGGUAGGGCGAGUGCUAUUCAAUGUUUGUCUACCAGUAUCCUUAGGCGAUUAUGUUUUUAUUGUAGGGACGGACACAUAAAAAAAGUUUAUACUUUUGUUAAAACUUUUCAUAAGCUUGAUGAAAUAAGAUUUAAAAAAUCAUGUUUACAAUUAUUCAUCUUGUUUAUGUCAGUGUGGUUUUGGUUGGUUUUUUUUUUGCCUCUUAUCAUUUCCUCAAUAGGAAAACCUUUGUUUUGUACUUGAUUUAAUUUUGUCCACCUUACGACCGUGUUUCUAUGAUGAAGUUGCUAUAAGCCAUGAAAAUCUAGAUUUAUUUCUAUGUACUUCAUACAGCAUUCCAUAAAAUUAUAAAUCUGGGCAAAUAUAUUUUUGAGAGUUUGAGUAUCUGUUUGCUUUAGAGUGAAUAACUGGAACAUUGAUUGGUACUGCCUCCGAAACCGGCUCUCGAAAUCUAGUUGCUUUUUAAUAAUGCACUAAACUUCAAAUUAUUUUUUUGAGAGGUUAAUUUGAAAGGGAAUAUUGAUAUAGUCACACGUUGCAUCAACAUUUUAAAGGUUUUUGCGGAUUUAUCAAUUUUAGGCUUUGAUUUCCUUUUGGUGUUCAUGCAAAGUACAAUAAGACUAGUCGCCUAUGGCCACUUAUCAUUUAACUCAACAAUUAUGUAAUCAGCAACCUUCACUGCCGUUGCUUAAAUGUUUAAUGUAUGAAUGUAUUCCUUGCAUAUCAAGUCACCUUUUAAGAAAGUAACAAGUAAAUAAAGCCUAGAAGAAAUAUGUAAAUCUUUUUUUUGUGAUAAUGUAAAUCUAUUUGAGAAACAACUGUGCUUCUGACAAUAGCCUUAGACUGUACUAAGGGUACCUCUAUUGUGGUAUUAAUGUUAAUAAUUAUUAGAAUAUCACAUUGUGUUCGUUUAAAAAUGUGUAUUUCUCGAAGAAAAAGUAUGCAUUCAAGUUGUAUAUGCGCGAUGUAGAUGAGAAAAAGUGUAGUGCCUAAAGUCACACCUAGUGUAACUCCCAGUGAUUUACCAAAUUAUAGUGUUUUCACUUCAUGUUUAAAUGGAUUCUACGGGACUCUUAAUCAAUUAGGAUUACUUAGUGUAACUACUAAUAAUAUUUAUUUAGUUUUAUGUAUAUUAGAGUUUAGCCGCGUGACCGCCAUUUUGUUUAAGUAAAAAAAAGAACAUACA